AUGCGUUUCGCUAAAUCACCCGAAUAUGAUGUGCCAGCUCUCAAGCCAGUGCACCAAUCUCACACACAAGUUGCCAUGUACACCACGAAAGCUCUCAAUGAUCAUAUGUAUGGAAAAGAGCAUGUUGAGGCUCCUCCGAACAUGAUGUGGCCGAAAUUACGACAAUCAAAACAUUCAUUGAAUACCGUGAACCCAGUCCGCAAAAUCGCUGAUGCUUGCGCCAUCCCUCACAACCCAGAAAAAAAACCUAUCCGCCUUCACCUUGGUGAUCCGACAUUGGGUGGAGAAUUGCCAGCUUCUCCAGUCGCUAUUCAAGCUCUCCAUGAGGCUAUUGAUAGCCAUGCUUCAAACGGAUACGGACCAGCUGUAGGAUCACUAGCUGCCAGACAAGCCAUUGUUGAUAAGUAUUCAACUUCUGCUGCUCCAUUCACUGUCAACGAUGUUGUUCUCGCCUCCGGAUGCUCGCAUGCUCUUCAGAUGGCAAUUGAAGCUAUCGCUGAUCCAGGAGAUAACAUCUUGGUGCCACACCCAGGAUUCCCACUUUAUUCGACUCUUUGCCGUCCACAUGGAAUCAUUGACAAAGCCUACAGGAUCGACAUGGAGAAUAAUGAUGUGGUCAUCGAUUUGGGAUUCUUGAAAAGCCUCGUCGACGAUAGAACUAAAGCUAUCAUCAUUAACAACCCAGGAAACCCAACUGGAGGCGUUUUCAGCAAGCACCACCUCAGACAAAUCCUCCAGUUUGCAUUGGAAUAUGGACUUGUGAUUAUCGCUGAUGAAAUCUAUGGUGAUCUUGUUUAUAACGGAGCAAAAUUCCAUCCAAUCGCCACCCUCUCACCAAAAGUACCAGUCAUCACCUGCGAUGGAAUUGCCAAGAGAUGGAUGGUUCCCGGAUGGCGAUUGGGUUGGUUGGUCAUCCACGACCGAUACAAUGCUCUCGCUGAUGUCCGCAAGGGAAUAGUGGCCCUCAGUCAGAAGAUCGUGGGACCAUGCUCAUUGGUUCAAGGAGCCCUCCCAAAAAUCCUCCGCGAGACUCCAGAAUCGUAUUUCCAACACAAUCGCAAAUUCAUUGAGAAGAAUGCCAACAUCGUCGAGCGUAUUCUCGGCAAAGUCAAUGGAAUCAAGGUGAUCAAGCCAUGCGGAGCCAUGUAUAUGAUGAUCGCCAUUGAAAAGAAGCACUACGGUGGAGAUGUCGAAUUCUGCCAAGGACUUAUCGCGGAGCAAUCGGUCUUCUGCCUUCCUGGAGAAGCUUUCUCAGCCGGAGGAUACUUCCGCGUUGUUUUGACCUGCUCCCAUGAUGAGAUGACUGAAGCCGCUAAGAGAAUCAAGCACUUCUGCAUUGACCACUAUAUCGAAAGAGAUGAUUCAGAGGAGAGCUCCGACGAGGGCCUCGACCUUAGCCAAGUGGAAUUGGAUUAG